AUGGCCCCUUUAGUUUGGUUCAUCACUGGCGCUAAUUCGGGUUUCGGCCUCCUACUUGCACAGCACGCUCUAGCUAAGGGUGACACUGUCAUCGCCACGGCAAGGAGCGUCGCCAAAUUCCCCAAGGCCCUCCAAACCUCUUCCGCAGUCCUCAUGCAGAUCGAAAUGACAGCGCCCGAGGCCGAGAUUUCCGGCAUCAUCGAUCAGAUCGUCGAAAAACACGGCCGCAUCGACGUUCUCGUAAACAACGCCGGGUUCGCCCACGUGGGCGCCGUCGAGGAGAUCUCUUCCCAGGAGGUCCGGUACCAGUUCGACGUCAACUUUUUCGGCCUGUACAACUUCACGAGAGCCACGAUCCCCCACAUGAGGAAGCAAGGGUCCGGAGUGAUUGUCCAACUCUCCAGCGGGGCUGGUCUCCUCGGCAGUCCGGGCGGGGCAGUCUACUGUGCGUCCAAGUUUGCCGUCGAGGGGCUCACGGAGAGCAUGGCCUCGGAGCUGCAGCCGUUUGGCAUCAGAGUCCAUCUGGUGGAGCCGGGCAUCUUCAGGACUGACUUCCUAAAACCGGUGGCGGAGGGGAGGAACAUGGGACAGAAGAAGGAAGGGUAUGUUGACAUUGGCAGCGCCAUGGGUGCCAUACACGGGAGCCAGCCUGGCAAUCCACAGCUUGGGGUCGAGAGGAUUUACGAGUUGGUGACGGGCACGGGGAUGGCUGCCGGCUUGCAGGACCAGUUGAGGAUGCCGAUGGGGUCGGACUGUUACGGCAUGUUGAAGAAGAAGGUGGCUAUGCUCAGUGAUACCGUUGAGAAGUUUGAAAAGAUCACGGCCAGCACGGAUUAUUAG